AUGAAUUACGAAGAGAGGUUCAUGGUGAAGACGAAGAUGACGAAACAGUGAGUAUACCCAGUGAAUAUUACCCACUUGUAUAGUUAUUUUAGCGGUGUCUGGGUAGUGGGUACACAAAAUACGUAAUUUUGCACUCUCAAUUUGAUUUAAGUUCGGCGUCACUGAUUAUAUGUUAUACAAACACACUUGUCAGAGAACAAAUGCAAAACGUCAAAAUUUAACACAAUAAUAUUAUGACAUAUUUUCACAGAAAAAUACGAGACAAUAGUGUAAUCUAUUUGUAUUAUUAUUAUAAAAAUUGUUUCUUGAAAAAAAGUCGGUCCAGUCAGUGGGUUAUAUACACAUUAUUUAACCCCAUGGUAAACCCCAUGACAAUUUCAACAAAAUAUUUAGUACUUAUCUAGCGUUAAACUUGUAUAAAAAUACUUGUAUAUUAUAUUCAAUUUAAUUUUAAAUUCACAAUGUAAUUGCAAUAAUAAAGUGCCACGGUUAAAACUACGUUUUUACGUUAUUGUUUUACUAUGUAUAACACAAUUGAAUUAAUUAAAAAAAAUUAGUUUUGUAUUUUAUGUAAUUUUAAUCUUUAUUUUACUAUCAGAAAAAUAAAAUAAAAAUGCAUUCUCACAGAUUAUGUCAUCAAUACUAAACACCACUAAAAACCGAAUAACGUACUUACCUGAUAAUAUGGCCUAACAGUUUUUCUAUUUUCCGACAAACUGUUUUCACACAAAUUCUGAAUUUGAUCGCACAAAUGCACACUAAUUACGUAUUAAAUUUAAAAAAAAAAAAAAAAAUCGAAAAAGUGUGGGGAGGGCUGGUGAAAUGCACGUCGUAACAUGUAAUACAUUUUUAGUCUAGGCGAAUCAAUCAAAGUAUUCAGGACCAGCAGAUUAAUGAAUCUUUAACGUGGAACAUUUCGUUGACGGACGAUCAAGACGAAAUAUCGGAACGAUUUUUGAGGAUGCGCGACGAACCGACGACGAUGGUAAAUGAAAAAUUCGGGCCAGCUAUAGCGACGGUGCCCGAUUAUUUAAGAAAGCAAGCUGAUGAAUUAUUCAGGCCUACGGACAUUAACCCGAGCGAAAUAUUCGAUACGGUCAAUAAUACCAGAGCCUCGUGGAUACUCCCGUCUGGUUAUCAACAAUACAUCCAGUCUAUCCCUCAAAAUGUGAGCAUACAACGUCAUUUUUACACUCAUGAUUAGGGCUGAUAUUGAUAUGAUUUUGGGUACAUUUAUUGAUUAUGCAAAAUGAAUUGAUGUUAUGUUAGUUUAUACCAAUAAAAAUGCGGUUUUCGAUUUAAGGUUUCUAUAUUAUACAAAAAUGUAAUUUUUAUAUUUUGACACUUUUAGAUUUUUAGAGUAUACCUUGAGGACAUUUAUAGAAUAUUUUUUUUGGAACCGCGUACUUUUUAGAGCAUAUCUAAGGAUUUCGUACAUUUUUUAGAAAUAUUCAGUUCAAUGAAUAGCGAGAAUCACAAUCAGUGGUGGAUUUAAGGGAGGGAUCCUAGGGGUCUUGGCCCCCCCAAAUUGGCCUAAGUUAAGUUUUAUUAAUUCAAUAGGCAUACAUGUAUAUGUGUCAUAUAUCACUGAGUAUUGGAAUAUAGGUCCCCCAAAAUUAAAUUCCGGAUCUGCCACUGAUCACAAUUAUACAAAUACUUAAUUGUUCAAGAUAACAUUAGAACGUUUUGAUGAAAUUUUAUAAUUUAUUAAUUUGUUUCACUCAAACAGGUUGUUAUGGGUUUCCCUUCAAUUUGUCAACAAUACAAUAUAUGACAUUAACUGAUGUAUACAUUUUUUAUUUUCAGAAUUAGUAUUGGUUUUACUGAUUUUUUUUUUUUAAAUAAUUGAUUGUGUCUGUGACAACUACUCUUCUACCAGAAAUUUUGCUUCAAUCAAAAACCGACAAGAAAGCUUUAUUGUAUAAUUUGGGACUUAAUUGGUGUGGUUAAAUUAGGUUAGGUUAACAAUUUUCCUAAUAAUUGGGAAAAACUUAAAAAAAACGUAAACAAAUUUACAGUGUUAAAAAAUUCAUUAUUUUAAAAUUAGGCUUUUCUUUCAGAAAUGUUCCAACGAAAUGCAAAUGCAGCAUAAUUUCUCAAAGUAAAUUUCGUCUGAUCGGUAAGCAGAAGAUGCCGUUUUGAUUUUCGGUGUACUUUUCUUAGAAAUUGAGAAAAACCAGAAAUAAACGUAGGAAAAACGGGAAAAUGUACAGCCAUAACGGUUUUAUUAUUUUCGAUUUUGUUUUAUUAUUGUUAUUCAGUUAAAAAUAAUCCAAGAUAACUGAAAUUUUCACAUAAUACUCACAUUGGUCAUUUUUAGACGUGAAACAAUUUUGGUGAUUAUUGUACUAUUUAUAGAGGCAUUCUAUAUUUUCAAGUUUUUUUAGUUUUUAUUUGGUUAAAUAUGAAUAAAAUUUCUUUCGCCAAGCAAAAGUGCUCGAAAAUUUUACAUGAGUUUCACUUUAAAUUAUUCUUGGUGGUGAUUUUUUAAAGAAACGUUUUAAAAUAUGUUUAAUCGAAUUUCUUUCAGGAUCGUUUUUCGAUAGGUUUUCGCCAGAUAAAUCAAAUAAAUUAAUAUAAUUUUUUAUAAAAAAAAUGGCAAUGUAUUUAUACAAAAGAAAAAUUAAAAAUAAAUCAUAGGGCAAAAUUUUAAAUUAAAUUUUGCCCUCUGGUUUAUUUUCCUGUGGAUAUUUUUCAUUACAAGGAGGGGGGACGAAAUUGCCGAAUCAUAUUAUAUUUUAUAAAAAUAUCUGAAAAUUGAUAUAGAGACUUAAUAUAGUUUAUUACCGUUUGUUCUACAAUAAUUGAAAAAAGCAACAAAAGUCAAAUUUACUAAAAAUCCUCCCAGAAAAACAGAGAGAAAAUCGUGAUUCAUGAUAAAUUGAUCUUUCUGUUCAUGAAAUUAUUAUAUUAACGUGUUAACAUAUUUAUACCUAAUAAACGCGGAUAGUUUUAAUUUAUUUUUGAACUAAAAAUUAAUACGAUUUUCAAACUAAGUUUGUUGAAUAAUGUUCAACUGAACUUCGCUCAGAUUAGGUUUUCGUUAGCAAUAAUCUAUCUUACUACAGGUAUAAAUUAAAUUGUCCUCAAUAUUCAAUACCUUUACGCCUGUACAAUAUACACCUAUAUUGGCUUUUUUUUUAAUUACCUUUAAACGUUCGAUAAAAUGCUUCAUUAUUUCUCAAGUUUAAUCGAGUCAAUUAUAUUCCGUUAACAUGUUCACCUUUGUUAUAGGUGCUGGAGAAACGGGAACGGCAGAUACUAUAUCCAUGGACGCAGUGGAACACGUCGAUAGGCGCGCGUCACCGUCCGGCGUCCAACGGUAUCGUUGGAUCACCCGCCGUGUCCGACCGAUCGCCGCUGUCGUCGUUAUCGUCGUCGUCGUCGUCGACGUCGUCGUCGUCAUCGUCGCUGUACGCGCACCGGCUGUUCGUCAGGUCGCCCGAAAGCAACUUGUCCGUCCACGGCAACUCGACUGGCUACGGAAACACGUCCGGCUACGGCAACACGUCCGGCUACGGCAACACGUCCGACUACGCUAACAUGUCCAGCUACGGCAGCGGUAUGGCUUCGACGGUGACGACUGACACGUCGUCCGCCAGCGAUUUCACGAGCAGCUAUCCGCCCGUCGUUUGGAUGGCUCGCGAACAGCAGAACAGCCCAUACUCGACACCGCCGCGGUACGCCUGUUCCACUCCUACUGUCUUGGCCACCGCCGCCGCCACCUCCACAACCGCAUCCAUCACCACCGCCAAUACCACUGUUGACACAGUGUCCGGCGGCGUCACCGUGGCGACUGCUAACUCACCGUCCCGUCUCUACUAUUGCGUAAACAGGGACACCAACACCAUUAACAAGCUGGUGGAGCAUUACUGCACGUUUUGCUACAAAAACCACGAACCGCCCGAGGUGUACGGCAGUCAUCUGCUCCGGGACUCGGUUCGGACCACUUGUCCCAAGCUCAGGGCGCUCAAGUGCAAACACUGCAACGGCACGGGCGACAACGCGCACACCAUCAAAUACUGUCCGUUCGUCUACGCCAACUACAAGUAG